UGGCUUGCCUCAAAAUGGGUGGGAAUAAAAGCGUGUGGGGAGCUUCACUUGUAACGUCACCAAACAAAUAAAUAAAAAGAUCCAGAUCUGCGGUUGUUGAGUUUCUGCACUUCACUCUCCACCAUGUUUCCUUCCAGAGUCCUGAAGUCGCUCUUAGCUCCCGGUAAAAAUGUGUGUUUUUGGGGGAAACACGCUGCGGCGGGCAGCAGAAUGCAGCACUCUGAGUCCCUGCAGGGGCACACUACUGCACCCUUCCGUCCAGAGACGUCCGUGGCCCGGACAAUGAUGGACAUCGGAACGCGGCGGAUCUUCUCUGAGGAGCACGACCUGUUCAGAGAGAACGUGCGGCGGUUCUUCAGGGAGGAGGUGGUGCCGUACCACGCAGAGUGGGAGAAGGCUGGCCAGGUGAGUCGGGAGUUGUGGGAGAAGGCGGGGGCGCAGGGGCUGCUGGGUAUUUAUACUCCUGCUGAACAGGGCGGUGUCGGGGGAGACCUGCUCUCUGCUGCCAUCGUGUGGGAGGAACAGAUGUACUGUAACUGCUCCGGCCCCGGUUUCUCCCUGCACUCUGAGAUUGUGAUGCCGUAUAUCAGUCAUUACGGUUCUAAGGCUCAGAUGGAGCGUUAUUUCCCUCAGAUGACUGCUGGGAAAUGUAUCGGAGCCAUCGCCAUGACAGAGCCAGGCGCCGGCAGUGACCUUCAGGGAGUGAAGACGUACGCUCGGAAAGACGGCAGUGACUGGAUUCUGAAUGGAAAUAAGGUUUUUAUCACUAAUGGCUGGAUGAGUGAUCUGGUGCUGGUGGUUGCCGUGACGAAUCGUCAAGCAAAGACGAUGGCUCAUGGUCUAAGUCUGUUUCUGGUGGACAACGGAACCAAGGGCUUCCAGAAGGGACGCAAGCUGGACAAGAUCGGCCUCAAAGCUCAGGACACGGCGGAGCUGUUUUUUGAAGACGUUCGUCUUCCGGCUGACGCUCUGCUUGGAGAAGAGAAUAAAGGGUUCUACUACCUCAUGAAUGAGCUUCCUCAGGAGCGGUUGAUUAUAGCGGCGAUGGCUCUGGCCAGCUGUGAGUUCAUGUUUGAGGAGACGCGGAGCUACGUGAGGCAGAGGAAGGCUUUCGGCAGGACCAUCGCUGACCUGCAGACGGUUCAGCACAAACUGGCCGAGCUGAAAACAGAGAUUUGUGUGGCUCGAGCGUUUAUUGACAGCUGCCUUCAGCUCCACAGUGAGAGAAAGCUGGACUCCAGCACAGCGUCCAUGGCCAAAUACUGGGCAUCAGACCUACAGAAUAGAGUGGCCACUCAGUGUCUGCAGCUGCACGGAGGGUGGGGCUACAUGUGGGAAUUUCCAAUCGCCAAGGCUUUUGCGGACGCCCGCGUUCAGCCCAUCUACGGAGGCACCAAUGAGAUCAUGAAGGAGCUCAUCGCUCGCCCCAUCGUUGGCCAGAAGUAGACAAACCUCCAACUCAUCACAGCAGCUCAUGUUUCAGACCGAGAGUGUCCUUCAGAGUACUGUGUAGCAGCUUCUUACAAUACAAAUGAUAAAUUGAGCAACUGUAGCGCUUAUUGAAGAUGAACCAGGUUUAAGGAGAUUCAUCAUCCUUUAAGAAAUGCAUGAGAAUGUGAACAUUUAGUUAAACUGACAUUGAGGAAACAUUAUAUACAUUACUCUAAAUGUAGCUGAUCAGCUCAGACGUGUUUGCCGUCUGUUUCUUUAAUUUUAGCACUGAGGCUACGAGGCUAAUGUAGCUAACAAGAAGUGAAAGCUGAUAUCGCAUCUGACUGGGGCCUGAAACUCAUUUCUGAUUUACAACUAGGAACAAAACAAAGAAAAUGCCCCCUCAGUUGGGAAUUCUUACUCAGAAAGCUGUGAAGUUGUCCUCUUUUCCAGGUUUAGCAUUAGCUUUAGCAGUAUUAGCUUUAUUAUUUGCUAUCUGUAUGCAGCUACAAUAGCUAGUUAAAUAUAACACUGACCGUACAUUAUUUUGAGACCGUAAACACAUUAUGAACAUUUAAGUCAUCACUCAUAUCACGAACAUUAGCUGGCUAGCUUGUUGCUAACAGUACUUGCUUCCAUGGAGAGUCCAUAUUUUUUCCCCACUUUGUAGCUGAAACAUUACAAUGAUGUACCUCAGAGCUUCCCACUUCCAAUUCAGCACAGCUUUAGCCCUCAUGUCUUAAGCUAUGCUGAUGUACUUUAGUCCAUGUUUAUAGAUAAGUGAUUCAUACAGUGUCAGAAACCUCAUAAUCAAGACUAUUAGAGAUACUGAACAACUUUACACAGAUUGAGGCGAGUGUGCUGCAAAAAAAUCAUAAAAAAUAUCAAGUAAAAUCUUUUAAUCUUGUCAAUAUAGCUAACAUUUCUCAUUCUGAGAUUAUUGUAUACAUAUUGAUGAAUUACUUCUAGACAUCUCAAAAUGUGCCAAAAAAAAUCUGCAUUAUGUCUUGCAACAAGCAAUUUCUCCAGAUAAAAUAACCUAAAGCACAUAAAUACAUCUAAAAUAAUUGUAAAUUGUUCUUAUAACAAUCUCGCAAUGAGAAAUAUUAAAUAUGUUAACUAGAUUUAAGAUGCAGUGCGUGUGAUGAUACUUGGCACCAUGCAAAUCACUAACAAUCUUCCAUUACUUGUUAGCUACACUCUUAAAAACACAAAAA